AUGACAACUCUUCACUACUUGCCUCCCGUGAAGCCGUCUGCCAUUGCGCUGGGUACGGUCUUCACCCAUACAGCUUCUCUGGGUAUCCUCGCGCCAGUAUUCGGUGACACCUACCACCGUGCUCAGGCAGCCAAUUCUAAAGAAGAAUUCAUCAAGUCCAAAGAAGCUGCUGGAGCAGCAGCCGCCUGGGGCAGUUCUUUCGUCGGAAGUGCUGUCCAGGCGUACGGAGUGGCAGCUUUGAUCAAUGCAACUGGAACACUGAGCUACAAGGGUGCUGCCUACCUGGGAAGUUUGAUCUUCAUGGCCAGUUCCGCUCCAAGUUUCAUCAGCCAAGUAUUUACAGAGAAGCGACCUCUAGAUACUGUGGCUGUGGGAGCCGUUAGCAGAGCUUUCGAAACAGUUGGACUGAGCUUGUUCUUGACAUGGUGGGGUACUCGGACUAACCCCUUUGAUUAG